GACGGACGUAAGGCGGAGUCGAGUAUCUUUGUAUAACCAAUCCCCAAAACAGUAGGAUGGGCUGAUUUCAAACAGCGGCGGGACUAGGAAGUAAGAACUGUGAGCGAAUUAUGUUAUCGUUUAAUUUGUUUAGAAACAGUUUAAAUAUUAUUUAUGAUAAUAAAGGUAGUAGCGCCUGAAUCCACUUUAUGGGACUGUAAGUCGAGAUAUUUUUGCAGUGCACUUCAACUGAUGUGACAGUCCAAACUGCAAAAUGAACUCAAUGAUGAAGCCAUUCCAGGAGUUAAAAACAUAUGGCAAACGAAUGCGGAAAGUUGAUCCCUGGUUCUCCCCUGACACCAGCUCAUCCUCUUCAGAUCUGUCCAUCUGUGCUGAAGAAAACUGCAAUAUAAAUCCAGGAAGAAAAAGGUGGAGAAAGCAGAGUACUGCUGCUGCUAGGCCGAAAAGAAAUGCUAAAAAGAGAGCUCUAAAAUUUCUUAACAACAACUGGGAAGAGGACUCCAUCUUCAGUGUUGGUAAAGAAAAUAGAGGUGAUGCUGCUGCCAGAAAGGACACAGUCAGCAGGCAGAGUAAAGCGGGCACAUCCUCUGCAAGGCUGCCAAGGAAUGCAAAGCAGAGAGCUUUGACAAGGAUAAAACUGACCAGUACCAAUGAAUCUGAUGAUGUGGAGGUAGAUGAUCGUCUGGAAGAUUUCUUUGCCAGUUCUGGGAAAGAGAGUACAGUUGAUGCCAGGGAUCAAAGAGCCACAGUCAGCAGGCAGAGUAAAGCGGGUACAUCCUCUGCAAGGCUUCCAAGGAAUGCAAAGCAGAGCGCUUUGUCAAGGAUGAAACUGAGCAGUACCGAUGAAUCUAAUGAUGUGGAGGUAGAUGAUUGCCUGGACGAUUCCAUUGCCAUUCAUGGGAAAGAAAGUACAGUUGAUGCCAGGGAUCAAAGAGCCACAGUCGGCAGGUCUGCUGCAUCAUCGUUUGUCCGUCCAAUUCCUCUUGAGACGUUUGUCACAGACCACAAAAAUUCUCCCAAUGAGAAUGAGGGGGUCAUAAAAACAAGACCAGUGAAAUGCCAGAGCGUCUGUCUUUCACGUAACACUUUAAAUUCCUCUGAAGAUUUUCAGAAAAACCCUGUUCCUUCGUCCCAAUUCAUUGCAAAGAGGACGCAUGCAAGAUACAAACACCAAUCACUGCUGGGGAAGACAAGUUCAGAGAUGUCAAGCCUUUUUUCAAACUCUAAAAAGAAAAAACCUCUUUUAAGUGCAGCCUCUUUCAAUAGUACAACUGGCAGCGUGUUGAAAGCAAGGUCUUACAAGCGGCCACGUCUGCCCAGCGAGACAUCUGCCAUUUGCCAGACCUGUUACAAACUCAGCAAGCCGUCCUUAUGUGAGAUCUCCUUUAGCAACAAUGAAACGGAGGAAGUUUGCAAAACCAAUAUGGAGGAAGACAGGGAUGUUCUUUCUUUGGAGGGGAGUGAAUUGAAAGUCCUGGUAGGAAGUGGUUCUGAAUUAAAAAACUGCAGCAAAUGUGCCUCUGUUCAAAAUGAGAUGCCCAGUUUCGAAAUUAUGCAGCACAAUAUUGAAAAUCGUGAGGUUUCAGAGACUUAUGAGGAUUCUGUAGUUUCUCACCCAAACAGGACAAACAAGGAAAUGCUCACCCCAAAAACACCUGAAAGAAGUCUUUCAGAUCAGUCCAGUAGUGUGAACGAUUCUGUUGUUUUUGUGUCGGCACAGACUCCUCUACAGUCACUCGUUGCACAGGUAAAUAAGGUAUGGAAUGUCUCUCGGCCUGUAGUACUACUGAAACGUGUAGACGUACCUAAGCAUUUGGUGAAGCAUAAUUUGCAAAGUAAUCUGGAGAAGCCUGAAUGCCAUGAACUCCAGACAGAGAACUCUGAGUCGAGAAGUGGGCAGACUGUUUCAUCAGAGGCAGGUGAUGUUAAAGUUCAGGAAGAAAGGCACUGCUUGGAUGUUACACCACAAUAUGUUAAAAAUACUGUGUCCUUGGGUGGUAUGGAUAUUUUUGUAGCUGCACAACAAAACAUAACACCUAAAAGAAACCCCUUUGUCUUGAGCAUCACAGUGGACAAUUCUCCUCCUACUUUUGUAUCAUCUGAGAAGAAUAAACAGCUCAUGGAAAGAUGUAUCGUCUCACAGCCUGAUGUUGUACUUCAACGUGCAAAGUUACCAAUUGAUAUUUACAAGCUUGGAGAUUUAAACCAUCGUCAGAGUGUUGAUUUUAAACAAGAGCUUGCAUACUGCAGUCUUCAGAUUGAGAAGACUGUUUUAACUGAGCAAUGUAACUUACCAGACACAAUUCGGAAUCAUUCCAGUAAAAACUCACUUCAUAAUAAAGAUACUGCUGUUCAUACCAGCCCUGUUGCUGAUAGUAUAGUACCAGAGUUUGCCCAGACAAAGGAAAUAGGAAGUAGAAGCAGGUUUAAUGUGGAUUUGACCUUGUGCAGAAGGUUGUCUGCACAGCACCCUUUUGGAUUGCUUAGUGGCUUUAAAAAGAAGAAAAUUGAUGCACCUGAGGCUGCAAAAACAGAGAGCACCUCGUCUGAUUCCUCUGAAUCCCGAAAUAACCAUGCUGACUCUCUAUCCAAAAAGACAGUCUCAGGGAGAGUUAGGACCCAAGGGAUACCGAAGGAAAAACCAGGAACUGGGCAAGAAGCCUGCAUCAGUGGCUUUAGCACUAACAGAUGGACCAAAAAUGGAAACACGCAAAAAGAGAAACUUAGCAAGCACUUUGCAAAUCACUUGUUGGUAGCUGGAAAUGCAGAUAACUCACUGGCUGAUUUCAGUUGUAGGUCUUUUCAUACCCCAGAACGGUCUAUGGGUAACAUGGGCAGUUUGUAUGAUGCCAAUGACCAGAUGCCACCUGUGACCCCUUUGAGGAAAGAGUGUUUCCAAAUGUCGUCAUUUUUGCAAAAUAUUAGUCCGCAAACUCUUAACACCCAUAACUGGUCAAGACUCAAAGCAUCACUUUCUGUUCACAAGAAGAUGAAAGUUAUUUUAACACCAGAUAAAUCGAACCUUUCCAACCCAGCUGUUUCCAAAAAGGAUCUAGGAAAUGUAACUCCGCGUUCAAACAAAUCUCAGAAACUACUUUCUGGUGCAGAAGGCCCAGUCCUGAAUCCCCUGGAUAUCUCGGAUGCAGAGAAGCUGUUUCAGGAAUGCCAGCAGGAUGGUCCUUUAUCUUUUGAAGAAUGUAUACCCCUCCACAAAAUGCAGUCGUGUAUAAAGAUUGGUGAAGGAGCCUUUGGAGAAGUGUUUUGCAUGACAAACAACAACAAUGAGUUUGUAGCUUUAAAGAUCAUUCCUAUUGAGGGGGAGCCGACGAGGAAUGGAGAAAUGCAGAAGAAAUUUGGUGAAAUUCUCCACGAAGUAAUUGUAUCAAAAGAAUUGAGCAACUUGAGUAAAAUGGAAAAAAACAGAACUGACGGCUUCAUUACUUUGCAUGAUUUGCAUUGUGCUAAAGGGUUAUAUCCAGAACCACUUCUGAAAGCCUGGGACAAAUUUGACAAACGGAGAAACUCUGAAAAUGAUCGUCCAGAUUUUUUUGAGCAAGACCAGCUUUUCCUGAUUCUAGCAUUUGAAUUUGGAGGCAUUGACCUUGAAAAUAUGCAAAGCAAGUUGUCUUCACUGGCUGUGGCAAAAAGUAUUUUGCAUCAGGUUACUGCAUCACUGGCUGUUGCGGAACAGGCUUUAUGUUUUGAACAUAGAGAUUUACAUUGGGGCAACAUCCUGGUGAAGAAGACCAACCUUAAGGAAGGGAAAUAUACAAUCAAUGGGACCACCCAUAAUGUCGUGACUAAUGGCGUUCAUGUAAACAUCAUAGACUACACAAUCUCCAGGCUGGAAAUUGAGGGUCUGACUGUUUCCUGUGACAUUUCAACUGACGAACAACUCUUUAUGGGACAGGGAGACUACCAGUUUGAGAUCUAUCGAAAAAUGAGAGAAGAAAACAAUAACAGCUGGAGUGAGUACAACCCACAUACAAAUGUUCUGUGGCUUCAUUACCUGACGGACAAAUUAUUGCACAUGAGCUACAAAAACAAACCACGGUCUCUUGCUUUGAAAGCAAUAAAGACAAAUAUUGAGCAAUUCUACAGAGAACUCCUACAAUAUAAAUCGGCAACUGAAGUCCUAAAGUCUUGCAGUCUGUUUCAGUGAAGAAAGACUUUGCCUACUUAACUUUUAAAGAAAAACAUGUACUGCUGCAUGUUACUUUGUCAAGAUUUAGAUGAAUGAAGACUGUGUUCCAGUGAGCACUGAGCAUAGACUUGUUGAGCUGAUGGAGACACCCCCCGCCAUCCAAAAUACGUUUUUAUUAUUUUUUUAAUUGUUCAAUCAGGUUGUUUUUUAUAUAUAUAUAUACAGUUGUAAUCAAAAGUUUACAUAUCCCAAUGGAAACUUAUUUUCAGGAAAAAGUUUUAGGAAAAAUCUUUGUUGCAAAUGUUUUGCUUUUGUGGAUGAGGAAAAUUACUAGUAGAUGUCUAGAAUUAUUUAUUUAAACAAUUUUUUUGAAACUCCAAAAAAAGCCGAUUCAGAAGUGUUCAUACCCUGACAAGAAAAAUUAAAUUGAUAGCUAGUUGAGGCACCUUUAGCAAUAACCUCUUUUAAGCGAUUUAGGCUUGUGACAAAUACAAUGAGUUUUGGUUGUAAAUCUCCCUCCCGACCUGUGAGACCUCCACAUACCCAGGACUGGUGACCGUGUUAGUAUAUUGUGGGACGGAUAUUCGUGUUUAUUAUUUGGGACUGCAACCCUGUUGUUGUUUACUCUGUGCACUACACAUUGUUGUGUAUUGCCGCAGAUUAUUUGGUCACCAGACCCGGAUACAAUUAAAAACUGUUUCAAACUGGA